GCAGACAAAAGAGCACAUCACAAUGCGCUGGAGCGUAAACGCAGGGACCAUAUCAAGGACAGUUUCCACAGUCUAAGGGACUCAGUACCUUCACUCCAAGGAGAAAAGGUGAGCUUGCUUAUGGCUUCACGGGCGCAGAUCCUGGACAAAGCAACAGAGUAUAUACAGUACAUGAGAAGAAAAAAUCACACACACCAGCAAGAUAUUGAUGACCUAAAGAGACAGAAUGCUCUGUUAGAACAGCAAGUUCGUGCUCUGGAGAAAGCAAAAUCAAAUUCAAGGCUUCAGUCCAGCUAUUCUUCUUCUGACAGCAGCCUUUACACCAAUCCCAAUGGCAGUGCCAUAUCCGCCUUUGAUGGAGGAUCUGAUUCCAGCUCAGAAUCAGAACCAGAAGAGCCUCAAAGCAGAAAGAAACUACGGAUGGAAGCAAGUUGA